AGUUUUUCCACGCCGUAUGACGUCACGUAUUGACAUUCUGAACCAGGAAGUGGAGCGCAGGAAAGAGCGUUUACCAAUCGACGAUGUAAUGUAUCAGACGGGAAAUAUGGCAUUUUAUUUUGUCCUCUUCUUCGUCCUUACAAAGGCGGCAUUUGGAAAUGAUGAGGUGACAUUCGUAUCAGAGCUUUCGUCCAAACCAGCUCAGAGGUUGUCCAUGUAUGGCUCGUAUGGUAGCGUAAGGUUGCAAAGGUUUCACAUACCAGAGGACACCGCCAUAGCCUGCUGGUUCCUAACAGUAACCAAGGGCCACGGCUUUCACUGCAGAGAGAAGAAUGUCACCAUCUAUAUUCGGCAGGGUGCACCUCCAGUAAUAAACCCUAUUGGCACUGAGUUUCCAGACGUGACACUGUGGAACGCCUCUCGCUCCUUCAUUGUCCCAGUGACUUCGCUUAGCUCAGCAAGCUUUAACCUCUCUGAUCCUACACCCGGGGACUGGUUUAUUGUCAGCCACUUGCCUGAAGAUGAUGGGCGCAUUGAACAGAAGGGCUUGCCAUCGUGUUCCUACUUUUUAGAGCCUCAGCUCUCCAUCAGGAGGGCAGUUGACACACCCAUUAUACAGACGGGAAGUAAACUCAGACAGACGGCCGCCCGUGAUAAACCCACACGCCUAAAGUUGUAUGUCCCACAGUUUUCUUCAUCUGUUUCCAUGAUUGUGGACAAUUGUUCCUCAGCAGAGGAAACUGUAAAUUGCACUCUGGCCCUCAGCAUCGGCUCAAACUCUCUACUAUAUGAUGCAGCAAGAGUGAAAUGCGCUGGGCGUAGGUGUUCUGUGUUUCUCAAUAACCCACCUUGGGACACCUGGUUACGUGUUGUCGUGGAGAGUAUUCAAGACAACCAAACAGUGACUUUCGACAUUCAAUCAAGCUACCCAGUGGAGUGCAAGCCAGAAAGCGUAGGUCUUGCAGCCGGUCUUCCAGGUCUCGAUAUCAACAGCAACUCCUCAUCGGCGAGCAACAGCUCCGUGGCUUUAGAGAGUGUUCUCUUCAGCAGUCAGAUGGGAUCGCUCCUUCUGUUGCCUUCUGCGUGUGUAUGGAACAUUCCGGUGCUCUAUGAAGAGACGGAUAUUUUCUCACUCCGAUUCUCUCCGGUGGUUGGACCCAACGUCAGCGUCAGAGCGACACAGCCCACACUGCUUACAUACCCUCUGCCUGCGCAUGCCACCGGCGGGACACUCAACCUGCAGCUCACACUCAACACUAUGAAUGUAACACUGGAGAACGGCAGCACCGUGGUGGCCUGCUUCACUCCCGAAUCACCAGUCCUUCAACUCAACAACUCGCUACGAUGCCGCACAGGUACCACCCACGUUCUAGCAUUCUUGCCAUUUUGUUUUAUUUACAAUAAUACUCUAAUUUGUGUUUCUGAAGGAUACGGAAUGAAUGUGAGCACCGGUUUUCCCAAAUCUGUCAUCCGGCUCCCUUUUCCUCUGUUAGCAACAUGGUACCUCACGAUUCAACUCAUGUGUGACAGUGACUGUGGCAAUGUGUCUGUUGUGUCCGUGAACCCGGAGGUUUUUGUCACUGGCUGCGUGGAGGACUGUGGCACGUUUGGGGAAUGUCGACUCUUCAGGUCUUCCAACUACUUGUAUGCGGCCUGUGUGUGUAAGACUGGUUGGAGGGGUUGGGGCUGCACCGACGACUCAGAAGCUCUGUCGUUGACCCGCCAAGUGGCAGCCACUCUGCUGCUCACGCUCAGUAACCUCAGCUUCCUGCCAGCAAUCGUGUUUGCCGUCAAACGCUUCUACAUCACGGAGGCAUCUGUUUACCUCUUCACUAUGUUCUUCUCUACGUUCUACCAUGCCUGUGACCAGCCCGGUAUAGCCGCGUUGUGCAUAAUGAGCUACAACACCCUCCAGUACUGUGACUUCCUGGGCUCUGUUUGUUCCAUAUGGGUCACAUUUUUGUGCAUGGCUCGUUUCAGGAAUACAGUCAAAUAUACUCUGUUUCUUUUUGGGACUCUGCUGAUCGCCAUGUCACUGCAGCUGGACCGCAGAGGUCUGUGGAACCUGCUGGGUCCCAUCCUCACCGCCAUUCUCAUCACGGCGGCUGUUUGGGUGCACCGAGGAGUGAAGCGUGGCCAGUGUUACCCUCCGUCCUGGCAGAGAUGGGUCUUCUACUUUCUGCCCGGACUACUCUGUGCUGUCAUCGGGAUAAGUUUGUACGUUUUUGCAGAGACGGAGGACAACUACUUCUACACACAUUCCAUUUGGCACAUCCUGGUGGCCUCCUGCGUUGUUUUCUUUCUACCUCCACGUGAAAGAACCGCCGUCAACUGGACCAUGGGAUGGUCCUCAGAUUGGAAUUGGACGUGUAGCUGGACUCCUCGCAUUUGCGGUUACACAUUGUGUAGCAAAGAUGAGUGCCACACUGUCACAUGACACCGACACACUGAUUCUGUCAAACUGCUGCAACACUCAUACAAGACGCACUUUGAGAAUGUAGCGUCUGCUUCUGUAAUUCCUUUCUUCCUCCCACCAGCAUCAACUUUACCUGCUGCUUUUUUUGUAAUCACAUUCAAACACAGUCUUUAUAAAAGUUCAAAAAGAGCAAUUUUGCAGACCUCCCAAAAAGGACAUACGUGUUUCAGUACCUCCUGAUCCAUGGAACGAAAAGAAGUAUUCAGGUAGCCUGACCAGUUUUAUACCAAUUGUUUGUGUAGCUCUUAUUUGGUAGUUGAUACACUGUAAGCUCCAAAUAUUUAUCAAUUCUGUUAUUUUAAAAAUGUCAAUUCCUGCUCAGUGAUAGUGUGUGCAAAUGUGCGUACAUGUUGUCUUCCUUUAAGGAGUCGGAUGGAUCAGGCUCCGCGCAACCCUGAACAUGAUAAGUAGUAUAGAAAAUGACCGAUGAUGUUGACCUGGUUUAUUAUUUUUCAAUUCCUUCCAUGAUGGCCUAUGGUUCACACCAGUUGAAUGACUCCUUGUCAGGUGUGUUUAUGCUGUACUCAUUAUGAAGCACUUUUAAAUUAUGUUAGUUCCGUAGCCCUUAUGCUCUAGUGAGACCUUGAAUGUAAACGUAUAUAUGUGCCUCCCUGUUUUUAUUUCUUACCUCUGUCAUUCCAGAUUUUGUUUCAUGCACUUUAUAUCUUUGGGUAUUCACCACACUCAAUGUUCAAAUCCACCCUGCCUUUCGCUGUACAUCUUUAUGGGAAUGGCCUGAAGAGAUCUGUGAACCUCUACCUCCCAGUUAUUUGACUUACACACACAGCAAAAAUAAAUCUGUCGUCAACAGCA